AUGGAUGGAUCCGGUCCAGAGAACAAUGCAACCAGCCAAUUCAAGACACCUAGUCUCUCGGAUAUGCAGUACUACUAUCAGCAUAUGUUCCCAUUCAAAGUCAUCUUUAAUUGGUUGAACCAUUCACCUAAGGCGGGCAGAGAUAUCAUCAAUAGGGAAUUUGCAAUGGCGUUCAGGUCCGGAGCGUACAAGAGGUAUAACUCUUUCACUUCAGUUCAGGAGUUUAAAGCUGCUAUUGAGAAGGCGAAUCCUGAUAGAUUUGAGAUCGGAGCCACUUACAGCAAGGCACCUAGGGAGCGGGAUUCGUUGUUGAAAACCGAAAUGAAGCCUCUGGAGAAAGAACUGGUUUUUGAUAUCGAUAUGGAUGACUAUGAUACGUUCAGAACUUGUUGUUCAGGAGCACAAGUGUGUGAGAAGUGCUGGAAGUUCAUUACUCUUGCCAUGCGUGUUGUAAACACCACUUUGAAGGAAGAUUUCGCGUACGAGGAUUUUAUCUGGGUGUUCUCCGGCAGACGUGGUGCUCACUGCUGGGUCAGUGAUAGACGAGCGCGUAUUCUCAAUGACUUGCAAAGACGUAAUGUUCUGGAUUAUGUGAAUGUGGUGCGAGACAGAAAUGCGGACAAGCGACUCUCUUUGAAGAGACCAUACCAUCCACAUCUGGCCCGGUCGCUCGAAUUGCUUAAACCUCAUUUUGCUAACAUCAUUCUGGAGGAGCAAAAUCCGUGGCAAGACGACAACCGGGCGUUCGAAACACUACUUCCUAGCCUUCACGAUAAGAAUCUGAUAGAGGCGCUGAUGAGAUACUGGACAGAAAAUCCAGGCAGAUCAAGUCAGGAUAAAUGGAACGACAUCGAUUUGGUAGCAUCGAAGGACGUCAAGAUUAACAGGAAACAGGACUACAUCUUAAGGCUUCGUGAAUGCAAGGCAGACUUAAUCAUUGCCACACUGUAUCCAAAGCUCGAUAUAGAAGUUACGAAGCAGACUAUCCACUUGUUGAAGUCCCCAUUUUGUAUACAUCCUUCAACAGGCAAGGUGUGCGUGCCGAUCGAUGCGGACUUUUCUCCCGAUCAAGCGCCCAGAUUGAUGGAUUUACAGAAAGAAAUGGAAGAUAAUGGGAAUAACAUAAACAAGACGAGCUUGCAACCGUUUAUCGACGUCUUUCAGGAUCAUGUAAACAAGGUUAUGAAGCAUGAAAUGGGAACAACGAAGAGGGAACGUGCUGAAGAAGGUGAUACGUCUCUUGAGUUCUAA